UUGUGUUGGGGUUUGUGAAUUCUGUAAUGUUUAUAGAAACUUUAUUUUGACUCGAACUAGAUUCACGACCAAGCACAAACGCCACAUGAAGUUGAUGAAGUUUUCCAGUUUAAUCGUGAUCAAUUUUGUCUUGUGAACUAAAAACUUUUGAGGUUGUAAAUUUCGGACAGAGGUGGUAAACUUCCGUUCCGACACAUGUUUGAGGAAGUUCAAGGAUUAUUACAAUAGUAAACUUUGCAGCCUCCCAUAGCCUAGAAAAAGAAACCUAACGUGAAGUAAUACGUAAAGCCAAAUAAUAAAAUCGUGCAAGUAUGGCAAAUAAUGACAAACUUGUUGAAGUAAAUCCUGAUAAUGGAAUCUCUUGUGUACGUUUUCGUAACAAGUCGGGAUUGCCGAUGGAAGAUAUAACAAAAAUCUUCGCCAAAUACGGUGAAGUAGUGAGCAUUAACGCAGCCGGCAGUAAUGAAUUUGGUUUUCGUUUUAUAAGGUUUCGAACGAAAGAACAAGCAUUUGAAUGUGUACGGGGCUUGGAAUGUCAUCCAAGCAUAAGACUGGAGGAAGCUCAAAAAAAAAAUGGAAGUCACAACAAAAAUUCCCCUCCUCAUCAGUUUAGAAAAAAUAACAAAUCUAACAUCGGUGGACAGGAAACUAAUCAUCAUUUGCACAAUACCAAUCAAAGCGGUAGAAUAGAUUUUAUCAACGGUAAUCAAGACUCAGCCAAGCCAAAAAGAAAUGAUUUUCAGCGACAAAAUGGAGAAAAUAUCGGUACGAAUGACUUGAACGGAGCUGAUAGCAACUCCGGUAACGACAUUAAGACUCCCAAAACGGACAACUGCAAUCCAUUAAGGACACCAUUGAGCGCGAGGCUCGUCAGGAAUCUACCAAAAAAUAAAUCAGAUGGCAGUAACGAGGUGCAAGAAAAUUCGGAUUAUCGAUUAAAUGCAUCAAAAUUUGCAGAAUUGUACAAACGUCGCGGAACCAUUGCCAGCACCUUUCAACCAUCCAACGAUGAUUGGCAAAGUGGAAAUCAGAAGAUGUUUGUUGACACACCUGCAAUACCCACCGGUGCGAUACCACAGGCAAUGAUUACCAGUCGGCCCUUUUCGCGUGCCAGCAGUAAAAGCUUGUCUGUAAUAACCGAUGCACCACCACCCUUGAUCACCAAUCCACUGGAACAAAAAACUCAAGUUUUCCUCGCUUGCGACGUUGUUGUGGCAAAUAUUCAUUCAAAUUUGGGAGUUAGUAACAUUUAUGAAAUGUUCGACAAGUUCGAACCGAUCUAUGUUUCCGACAUUGAAACUGUCCCGGAAAUCAAUGUACGAUUUUGCUUUGUUUACUUCAAAACUCCAUCGGAUGCGCUCCAAGUCGAACAAUUGUUUGAUGGUAAAUCUACAUAUGGGCAAAAUCUAAUCAUCUUACGGCCAGAGACAUUGGAGGCAGAAGCAAGGACCUUCUAAAAUCAGGGCACUGCAAUCGAAGACGAGUAUCGAUACUCUUAGUAUCGAUACAAGUCCUUACAGUAGGACUUGGUACUGCGGCAUCUUGGUACUGCAGAACUGAACCUUUUGGAUGCAUAGUUGUGACCAUUUAACAAAAAAUU